AUGGACGUAGAUACCUAUUUGAGACAAGUUAAACUCGAAAACGAGUCAAUUCCCGACGUCGUAGUUGCCGAAACAAAGGAAUCUGAUAGUGACGCCGCCAACAACGACGGCUCAAUCCCUGAGGAUUCCAAGGCAACCAAACAGUUCAACCGCCUAAUAAAUAUCGACGCAGAGUACCAAAAACUUGACUCAGGGUUCGAGCUGAACGAUGACGAGUUGAAGUACUUCCAGUCAGUUAAAAAACACAUUCACUACCUCUACGGAAUCCAGAACAUCAGGGAGGUUUCCUCGAUUUGGAACUACGCCCUCGACCUUGCCGGAGAGUCAAUCCCGCCGAGCGACAAGGACGCGAUUUGGAAGAACCUCCUCGAGUCCCCGCCCGCUCCCAUACCGGACCUUUGCAGAGGCGGCGUGAACUACGGCUGCACCGAGGAGUGCCUCCACGCGAUCGCAGACCUGAUUUGCCAGUUCCCGGGCACCGAGGUUCCCAAGGACAGGUCAAAGUGGCUGUUCAACAUUCUCCUGAUCCUCGACGAGCUGCACGCAAUGUCGGAAAAUGUGUCCUAUGAUCUGCAGAGGACCCGGAGGGCGCUGCUGCGCCGCUGCUCAAUCAUCGAGUCCUCCGACGCCUCCGAGUUUGCGGAGGAGUUAUCGCAUCUGAGGCUUUUGUCCACCAUCAUUUCAACUCACUUUAAGCAGCGCUAG